GAUCUGCCACAGAUGGAACAGACACAUUAGAGCCUAGCCAUCCAAGAGGCUUGCAGUUAGAAUGAUCUCUCCGUACUGGUUGCUUCUGUGUUUGGGCCUUGGGGCUGGGGAGGAGCAGCACUAUGCCACAUCGACACGGCACCUGGCCUUCCUGCUCCAGGUGGAGGACGAACUGCUGGCGACUGUGCGUCAGUAUGCGGUGGAGCUGCAGCAAAAAGUGGACACGAUGAGAGCGCUGCAGGCCGAGUGGAUGGCCAGAAGAGUGGAGGCCAGAGCAGAUCCCGUCAGCUAUGUGGCCAAUCCCUUGAGGAGUCUGCCUCUGAUCAGGAGGAUGCACGUGGACGCCAGGAAGUGGCUGGACUUUGCCCGCCUCGAGGUUGGUCAGGAGCCCUUACAGCAGCUGGCGGACUUCGAUCUGAGUGGCAUCAGCCCAAUGGAUUUCAAGGAGGCGGCCGACGGUUUGCUGCGCAUUCAGGAGAUCUACGAUCUGGAUGAGAGAGACAUGGCACGUGGAAAACUGCGGCACAAGCAUUACAAUUCCAGGUUGAGCUCCGCAGAUUGCCUGGCAUUGGGCGUCCAUCUGGAGGAUCUGCAGAAGGGCCGCCUGUCUGGCAAGUGGCUGGAAGUGGCCCUGGAGCAGUAUGAAGACAAGUGGGAGCCCAUUCACAGGCUCCUGCAGGUGGGACGCUCCCAGAUCUGGCAGCAAUUGGGCCUGACGCUAAUCUCGACACAUGAUCUCCAAGGAAGCCACGCUGCCUUUACAAAGGCCCUGGAGGAGGCCAGCGAGUCUGAGGACGUGGAGAUCGCUCGCCAUCUCGCCGAGAAUCUGGGCUACCACUUUGUGCACCAGCGCAACUGUCAGGGCAGGAGUCGGCUGCCGGUGCAAUCCUCGCUGCGCUGCCACUACUCCGCAGAGGGAUCCGCAUUCCUGCGCCUAGCCCCGCUCCGGAUGGAGCUGCUCAGCCGGGAUCCCCUUGUGGCCGUCUACCACGAGGUGGUCUCUGCCGCCGAGCAGCGGCAUUUGAUGCUCCUCAGUGAGUCCCAGUUGCAGCGCCAACGGGGCCACCAGUACGACAAGAUUCGUACAUUUGCUAGUGCGUCGGUGGCAGCGAAUGCCACGCCCACUGUGGAGCAGCUCCAUCGGCGACUCGAGGAUAUCACAGGACUCGAUCUGGCGGAAAGCGAGCCGCUGAGAAUCCUGAACUACGGCAUUGGGGGGCAGUACUAUAUCCACGUGGACUGCGAACAGCCACAGACGCACGUGGAGCCCUAUCCCAAGGAGUACCGCCUGGCCACCGUUCUACUAUACCUCAGUGAUGUGCGCCUGGGCGGCUUUACAUCCUUUCCCGCUUUGGGCCUGGGCAUCAGGCCCAAUCGAGGCUCCGCCCUGGUCUGGCACAAUGCGAAUAACGCCGGAAACUGUGACUAUAGAGCGCUGCAUGCUGCCUGCCCGGUGCUGCUCGGCACCCGAUGGGUGGCCAGCAAAUGGAUCAGUGGGUCAGGAGGCCAGUGGCGCAGGAAACCCUGUCGGAAGUGAGGGAAAACACAAUUCCAUUCAGCUUUUCCUUUUUGUUUCACGGUUUUUUUUUUUUUGCUUUUUUACUUGUUUUGCGAUAAUUUAUUCAAUAAUUUUGUCGUUAUUUAUAUUAUGAUAAUAAAUUUUAUGCACUAUUUUAUAGUA